AGCACAUAGAACGAUUAUUUUCUUCUUCUUCGUCUGUGAGUUUUCAAUUUCGUGGCAUCAACACUCGCACAGUCGAACUUUAUCAGGCUCUCUUCUCUCAUGGCGACCUCUUUCGCUCCCGUUUCGUUCGCAGGUGGAUCUCAGCUCAAAGUAUCUGGAUGUUGGUCCACGAAGUCAAAUUCAUUUCUGGGGCCUUCAAGACUGAUGGUUCAGAAGAAAUCAAGUAAAUUGGGACGCAAACACAACUUAUCAGUUCAAGCAGAAUACAGUGAUGGUAGUAGGGGUGGAGGUGGUGAUUUUAUUGCUGGUUUUCUCCUAGGAGGUGCUAUUUUUGGAACUUUAGCAUAUGUCUUUGCUCCCCAGAUAAGAAGAUCACUGCUUAAUGAAAAUGAAUAUGGGUUUCGUAAGGCCAGGAGGCCGAUAUACUAUGAUGAAGGUCUCGAGAGAACCCGCCAAACUUUGAACGAGAAAAUCAGCCAGCUAAAUUCUGCCAUUGACAAUGUAUCUUCACGUUUAAGAGGUGGCAACAAUUCGCCGCAGGUGCCCAUUGAAACUGAUCCCGAGGUGGAAGCUACCAUGUGAUGUUAUGGCUGGUUAUAAUGAUCUGAGGUAUGGUACCAGCUGAAUCUCUACUUGAAAAAGUUACAUCUGAACCAUUGGACCUGCAUAAUGGUUUGCUAUUGCCUUUUGUUCUCUGGAAGUAGUGUGGUUGCCCCGCAAAUUUACCUUUUGCUUUUCCCUUCAUUGAUGAACUUAUUUUUCAUGUGAUUAUUGGCUUCCUGUAAUUGGUUUCCUACUGAAUUCUUCUUCAGAUCAAAGUUAAUCAAGCACUUUCAUCAAAAAUAAUUAAUUG